CCUGCCAACUUUCUCUUCUUAAUUCUAGUUUCUCCGCGUAGAUUGGCCUCACGCAGCAAAUUUCCAUUUGUCUUCGUCGUUAGGUAUCAUCGUUUUUUCCACUCCUUUCUGUGAAGGUUGAGUCCUGUACGAUGGCGUCCAUCGUUGCCGCUUCCACCGUGGUUGCCCCCGCUGCCUUCGCCGCAGCCUCAUCUGGAGUGUCGACAUCUGAGUCGACCUCCGUCAAGGCUUUCUCGGGCCUCAAGAGUGCCACCUUGUUCUCCAGCCAAUCCCAGCAGUUGAGCUCCGUCCAGAAUGGCAGCCGUGUUAACUGCAUGCAGGUGUGGAACCCCAUCGGCAUGACCAAAUUCGAGACCUUCUCUUACUUGCCCCCAUUGUCCGAUGACGCCAUCGCUAAGCAGGUGGAGUACAUGAUUCAGCAGAAGUUGAUCCCCUGCCUCGAGUUCGACGUGAACUCCAAGGGUGUGACCCGCGAGAACAACUCCUCCCCAGGGUACUAUGACGGCCGCUACUGGACCAUGUGGAAGUUGCCCAUGUUCGGAUGCCAAGACUCUGCCCAGGUCCUGAGGGAGAUUGAGGAGUGCAAGAAGACUUUCCCCGGCUGCUUCGUACGCGUGUUAGGAUUCGACAACGUGAAGCAGGUGCAGAUCUGUGGAUUCUUGGUCGCCAGGCCUAACUAGAUAAUCUGUUGAUCACUUCCUGUACUAUGUAGAGAUACGUCGGUUCCGAUAUGUGUAUCGCUGGCAAUAUGAAUCAAGAAUGGGUCCACAGAUCCUCGUAAUUGCUGCA